CAAAAUAAAACACUCACGAUGAAGGUUGUUUGGUGCUUACUUUUCCUGAUCCUUGCUAUCACAAUGGAGGCAACCCCAACUCACCGAAAACGGCCAGAAAAUCCUACAGACUUUAAUAAAGGUGGAGAAGCUGAUGUAAUCUAUACAAAGCAGCAACUAGAAAGUAUCAAAAACAGUGGCAGAAACAAGCGCAGUACUGCCACAAUACCAUUGUGGCCGGAUGGUAAUGUGGUAUACGAGAUUGUGGAUAUUGGAACUGAUCUCGAAAAUUUGGUGCGCCAAGCUAUUUAUGAAUGGUCCGAGGCUACUUGCCUCGUUUUUGAAGAAUUUGAUGGAAACGACGCUAACCAGUCCAGGAUACAGUUCGUGAGUUCUGAUAAUCAUUGCUUAUCAUACGUUGGCUAUACGGGCGGCAUCCAAUCAAUCUGGUUAGCGAGUUCUUACUGUUCACACAUUGGAGUUGUGCUACACGAGAUAGCACACGCUAUCGGACUGCUACAUGAACACACCAGGAGUGAUCGUAAUGAUUACGUCACUAUAAAUGUUGACAACAUACAAGAUGGCAUGGAAACCAAUUUUGAACUCCGUACAUUCGUUACCGAUACAGAAGUGCCGUACAACCUCGGUUCUAUCAUGCACUAUGGUCCGUACACGUUUAGCCAAGUGCCUAAUAAUAGGGACUAUCUCACCAUUGAACCUCACGAUUUAGAACAACUAACUGCUAUGGGAAGCCAAAGUAAACUGAGUCAUCUCGAUAGUUUGUAUGUGAACAAACUCUACUCCUGUAACGAGGACUGCACUGACGCACAGUUAUCGCAAAAUUGUAAAAACGGCGGUUUUGUCGGUAAAAAUUGCGCGUGUGUGUGUCCGAAUGGAAUUGUCGGAGACUUGUGCCAAUCAGUGGCCUCUUCUAUCACCUCUUCAGAAUGUGCAUCUGUGUCGGGUCAAGUUGCUCCAGAAGGCGCUACAGUGAGUUUAACGUUUGAAACUUUUAACAUUGAAGACGACAGUUACUGUUUUUGGGACCAACUUUAUAUCCGUUACAACGGUGCGUACUUUGAUACAGGACCAUACUACUGUGGUACUAGCCUAGAGGGAAUCACAAUAACCUCAUCUGGCAAUGUAAUUUUGUUGGAUUUCAACUCCGACGAUUGGUGGACAGAACCAGGUUUUAGAGCGGAGUACUACUUUGUCGAUGAUGAUGAAUGUGACCUUCAGACACAUGAAUGUGACGCCAACGCUCAAUGUGAAAAUACCAUAGGGUCCUAUGAUUGUACAUGCAAUGAGGGAUACAGCGGUGAUGGCUUUGAGUGUACUGAUAUUAACGAAUGUGAUCAAACAAACCAAUGUGAUACCAACGCUGAAUGUGCAAAUACCGCCGGAUCCUACGAUUGUACAUGCAAUGAUGGAUACGAAGGAGAUGGUUCACAGUGCACAGAUAUUAACGAAUGUGAUCAAACAAACCAAUGUGAUACCAACGCUGAAUGUGCAAAUACCGCCGGAUCCUACGAUUGUACAUGCAAUGAUGGAUACGAAGGAGAUGGUUCACAGUGCACAGAUAUUAACGAAUGUGAUCAAACAAACCAAUGUGAUACCAACGCUGAAUGUGCAAAUACCGCCGGAUCCUACGAUUGUACAUGCAAUGAUGGAUACGAAGGAGAUGGUUCACAGUGUACAGAUAUUAACGAAUGUGAUCAAACAAACCAAUGUGAUACCAACGCUGAAUGUGCAAAUACCGCCGGAUCCUACGAUUGUACAUGCAAUGAUGGAUACGAAGGAGAUGGUUCACAGUGCACAGAUAUUAACGAAUGUGAUCAAACAAACCAAUGUGAUACCAACGCUGAAUGUGCAAAUACCGCCGGAUCCUACGAUUGUACAUGCAAUGAUGGAUACGAAGGAGAUGGUUCACAGUGCACAGUUGUUGUGACGACUGUUACAGUAGAGCCGGCCACUCCAAAUCAGCUUAGUAUUGCAGCUAUCGGUGGUUGUUCAAGUUCAUCAGAGCAAGUUUAUGGCCGCAUCACAUCUGAGAAUUAUCCAGGUGGAUAUAAUCCAUACUCAUCGUGCCAGUGGACAAUUGAUACAUGGAAAGAUAUGACAUGGGAAGAUAUGAAAAACAUUAAAAACAACAAACGGAUACAAUAUAAAUGUAUCUAUCUACUACGGCAGUUAUCUGGCGCAAAUCUCAAUAAAUUCAUGGAUAGCAUUGAUUAUGAAUGA